CUUUAAGCCGGUGCGGAAGUAACCGUCAGAGCAGAAGUGCUGCAACAGUCAGUGGAAGGUCAGGAUUUCUAUCCGCUGAAUUUAAACACUACUCUAACUCAACCAACCCGGUACUUACUCUCACCACAGCGGCAAAGUGCGGCUUUUACACCCAGUACCGGGACCGACCUUAAUGACGCACGUACCGGGGCCGGUUAGGUAUUAGCUUUUUAAGUCAGACAGCGUGUAACGACUCGGUGUAACCGUUUCCCUGAUGUCUGGGUCCAAAUGUACUCGGCUGAGCGGAGCGCUGGUGAAACAGAUGCUGGACUCGGUGGACAGCAUCCUGUUUGACUGCGACGGGGUCAUCUGGCGGGGGGACCAGGCCAUCCCCGGCGCCGCUCAAGUCAUAAACCUGCUCAAGGAAAACGGCAAGAAGGUCUUCUUCGUCACCAACAACAGCAGCAAGACGAGGAAGAUGUACGCCGACAAAAUGUCAACGCUGGGCUUCAACGUGAAAGAAGAGGAGGUGUUCGGCACCGCGUACUGCUCCGCCAUGUACCUGAAGACCGUGUGCAAGCUGGAGGGCAAAGUGUACCUGAUAGGGAGCGACGCGAUGAGGCAGGAGCUGGAGGCGGUGGGGAUCCAGCAGACCGGGGUGGGACCUGACCUCAUAUUCGGGAAGCAGACCGACUGGGCCAACGUGCCUCUGGAUCCCCAGGUGAAGGCGGUGGUGGUGGGUUUCGAUGAGCAUUUCAGCUACAUGAAGCUGAACCGAGCCUUGCAGUACCUGACCCAGCGGGACUGUCUGUUUGUGGGAACCAACAGGGACACCAGGCUGCCCCUGGAGGGAGGCAAGGCCGUCCCAGGUACGGGCUGCCUGCUGCAGGCCGUUGAGACAGCAGCCCAGCGUCAGUCCCAGACGGUGGGCAAACCCAACCACUUCAUGUUCGACUGCGUGGCCUCCCAGUACGGCGUGGACGCCGGCCGCUGCCUAAUGGUGGGCGACCGCCUCGACACGGACAUCAUGCUGGGCUCCAACUGUGGCCUGAAGACCCUCCUCACCCUCACGGGGGUCAGCACUGUGGCGGAUGCCGAGGCCCAUCAGAAGAGCAGCUGCGCGGAGAGGCAGGGGAUGGUGCCAGAUUAUUACGUGGACAGCAUCGCAGACCUUCUCCCGGCUCUGCAGGGAUGAAACAGUGUAGCUACGUGAUAGCCUAACACCAUUAAACCUGAGGCUUUUGGGUGUCACAUGCCAGGCUGCAUUUUCUUCUAAAAGGGAAUAUUUUUCAUUAAUAUUAAUAUGAUUCAGAUCAUCUUUAUGACAGUCACAACCAGGCAACUAGCUGCUGCGUGACAGAGGAGACAGUGACUCUAUUAUUAAACUAUAAACCUGCUAAUUUAACAUGAUAUUGAUGUUUUAUUAUUAAUAACGUAAGAACAAUCAUUUCCAGUAUUGUUUCAAUGUAAUUUGAGUGUUUAAGAGACUCAAGGAGUAGACUGUGUGUUCCUUUUUUUUUUUUAGGAAGGUGAGUGCACUUUAAAGUCCCCUAACUGUGUAAGUGAUGCAAUCUCCUCUUAAGCAACUACAUGUUAAACUCAAGUAAGGGAACUGAGCAAAGAAAGUGUGUGUCAACAGUUUGGUAAUAUGUGUGUAUUCAGGUUUACAGCUCUCUCCAAAAGUAAAUCAUAGCCACUGAACUGAUCUGCCUUGAACUUUCUGUUUUUCAUGUAUUUGCACACCUCAGCAGAAAGUGUUAACACUUGCAGUUACGUUCAUGGGGUGAUGAUACACUGUUCUGUCAUGUCAUUAGUGAAAAUGUUAUUAACAGACUAUAUGUUUUAAAGGUAAUCCAAUCUUC